GCAAAGUAAAUGGACUUACUGCUUUCCUUGACCUACUACUGAAAAAUGCAUUCUCCAUCCAAUACUCAGCCUGAAAACAAACACACACACUUUUUCAUCACUUUUUAAAGAUUUAAUGGGCUAGACUUGUUCUCCCUUAAAACUUAUUCUCAGGAAUAGGCAAUUUUCUAGACUCCGGAGAGCAUUUAUUUGCCUCUCUCUUGUGCUAACGCAUUCAGUGAUAGUAAAUUAGGUCUUGAAAGAGGCCCGUUCAUUGUUUGGUGCCAUUGGUGUGCACCAGCAGAAAUACUCAGUGGGCUGAAAUAAUGUAUUGGCAUCCUGAGCACCGACCCUAAGCAGCUUAGAUCCAAAACAGAGACUUGCUUGCACAACACUUCCAAAGGAUUGUGCAUCUGGAAAUGUUUUUAGGAUCAGCUAUAUUUUCAGCCUGGUGAAGGAGGUCAGCAGACAUUUUCCCUGUUUAAAUGGGAUGGGGGGGGAGCGCGGUUGGAGGGAGGUCACAGUCACACAAGGUUAUGGAGAAGCCAGAUGGCAGACAGGGAGAAUUCUAGCAAUAACUCCCCAGGGUUCCUGGAGACCGCGACUUCCAGAGUAGACCGGUGCUUGAAUCGCGAUCCAGAUCAAGGCCUUCCGACCCAAGGGUGAGCCUAGGUGAGGACCAACCACUGCCCCCUCCCCCCGCCCAGUAGGCUUCCGCAGAGGCGGGGCGCUCCGCUGGGUUGGAGCUGGCAGGGCCAGGUUCGGCAUGCUAUUUGGAGAGAAGGGACGAGACCCGAAAGCCGAGUUUGGUAGAGGUGAGCUGGGUGGGAGCUCAUUCCAACUCCCCCAUGCAGAAGGUCUGCAGGUAAACAAAAACGUUCCCCACCCCGCCACCGAUCUGUCCCGGGUCCCGGCGUAAAGAGGGCGGGAGGGGGGCGGGUCCCGGGGCGGGUCCCUCCCCGGGCUGCGCACCCUCUGGGCGGGGAGCGCGCACCGCCCUCGCCCCCCCCCGCCUAGGGGUCUCCUCCCCAGCGCGCGUUCCCCGCCCCCUCUCCGGGCGGCGGCGGCGGCGCAGGGGAAGGGGCGGGCGGGGGCCGGCUCUCUCCUCCCACCGCGCUCCCGCCGCACACGCUUCCCGGCACCGAGCGAGCGAACGGCGGCGAGGCGGCGCGGGCCGGCCCCGCUUCCUUCUCGCCGCCGGCGCAGUUCUCGGGCGGGCGCGCGCCGCGAUGGCCCGGGGCGAGCGGGGCUGAGCCCGCCGCCCGCCCGCCCGCUCGCCCGCCGGCCCGCCGGCCCGCCGGCCCAGCCAUGGCGAAGCAGUACGAUGUGCUGUUCCGGUUGCUGCUGAUCGGGGACUCCGGGGUAGGCAAGACCUGCCUGCUGUGUCGCUUCACCGACAACGAGUUCCACUCCUCGCACAUCUCCACCAUCGGUGUUGACUUUAAGAUGAAGACCAUAGAGGUAGAUGGCAUCAAAGUACGGAUACAGAUUUGGGACACAGCGGGGCAGGAGAGAUAUCAGACCAUCACAAAGCAGUACUAUCGACGGGCCCAGGGUAUAUUUUUAGUCUACGACAUUAGCAGCGAGCGCUCUUACCAGCACAUCAUGAAGUGGGUCAGUGAUGUGGAUGAGUAUGCACCAGAAGGUGUCCAGAAGAUCCUUAUAGGGAAUAAGGCUGAUGAAGAGCAGAAACGGCAGGUGGGAAGAGAGCAAGGGCAGCAGCUGGCUAAAGAGUACGGCAUGGACUUCUAUGAAACAAGUGCCUGCACCAACCUCAACAUUAAAGAGUCCUUCACGCGCCUGACCGAGCUGGUGCUGCAGGCCCACAGGAAGGAGCUGGAAGGUCUGCGGACACCCGCCAGCAAUGAGUUGGCCCUGGCGGAGAUGGAGGAGGAUGAGGGCAAACCUGAGGGCCCGGAGAACUCUUCAAAAACCUGCUGGUGCUGAGCAUCUUGCGUGGAGCGCCCCGCACAGUCCUCUCUCCCCGCAGGAGGGCUGCGGGCACACAGGGAGCCUGGGCUUUGCCCUGCUUCUCUUCUCCUUCGGGUGACCCUGUGGAAUCUCGGCCACUGCUCCUCCCCCUGCCUGGCUCCGGGGAGCAGCUCCUCUGUCCUGUCCGAGCAGCCUCGCCCCCCUCCCCCCACCCUCCCCCCGGGAUGGCCCCCUCCAGCCUGUUUCCCCAGCCACAGGCCUGCUUCAAGCCCCUGAUGUGCUAUGAGCACUGCCUCACUACCCUGAGGUCCCAGACGAUGGCCCAGUCUGGAGUCAAGGCCACUGGAGGUUCCUUCUCUCUCAGUGCAUCUGGUCUCCUCUCCGCUUCUCCUCGCUUCUUCCCACCUUUCUGUCCCUUCCCCUCAGCUGUGUUCCUAUCAAAGCCCUCCCCCCGCCCCCCCACGUGUCCUGUGUGGCUGCUGGUACAGCACCUUUCAAUUCCUCCCUCUUUGCCGGGCCGAGGGAGUGGACUCAGGCUCAGGGGCACGUUCCCUGCUCUGCUCUGGGAGAAGCCCCACCCCGCUUUGUGGGAAAUUCUUCCCGUCCUCUCCUCCCCGCCGCCCCUUCAUGUGCCAUGGGCCUGCCUCCCCGGUGACUGGGGAAAGAGGAACGGCAAGAGAGGAAGGAAAGCCCAAACUGGUGGUCCCCACGCCUGGGGUUGUCCUACACCCCACCCCCACCCCGCCCCAUCCCCAGCUUCCGCUGCACUUGGCUGCCUGCCCUCCUGCCUCUUGGGGGAACUGAGUUUCAGAGAAGAAAAAAAAUGAUGAGGGGUGGCAGGGAUAAGAAGUAACCUCAACCUCUCUACCUGCCCUGCAGUACAUACACUAUUUCUCCCUGACCCGGGCUCCCGAAUUUAAAGAUGUGGACCAAGGCCUGAGGGCACUGCAGGGGCAUGGAGAGCCCUGGGGCCAACCACACACUCCAGGAAGGGGAGGUGUUUGGAAAUGAAGGACCAGCUCCUAAGUAUCAAGUUAAGAGCCAGGACAGCAGUUUGCAAAGCAGAGGGGAAUUCGGCAGCAGCAGAGAUUCCUGGGCCCCAUCUUCCAUUUCUUAUGUAAGAAGGGCACUUCCCCACCGCCCCGGCAGGUGAGAGGUGACAGAACCACGCUGGUGUUCUUUCACCGAGCCCAGCCUUCCGCUCUCAAGGCUUUCCUGAGACCCAGAGUUUGUGGGAGAAGGGCAGGGGGCUCACGGGCAGAAAGCAGGCGAGCCCUGGGUAGGAAUGCUUGGUGCUGUUCCCUUCAGCCUUCAAGACCAAGUGCUCAUCUUGUUCCUCAGCUCCUGAGUCAGAGGCCUGAGGGUUUGCCAACUGCACUGUGGCUACAGGUGGAGGGAAGCGGACUCCCUCCUCCAGGGCCCUUUGUUUCAGGAAGAAGUUUCUUUAACCCCAUAUGGUCCAAGAGUCGUUUGCAGGAGGCCCUUUAAGGAGGGAACAAGUCAGUUACCAGCCCUAGUAGGGUUCCUCCCCACCUUCCCAAGAUGGGAGAAGCCUAGGGAGGAGGAUCAGUCUUAAGCUGCGUUGCAUGGCUGGCGCUGGAGUGAAAACAAAACUGGGCAUCGAACAUUCACUAAUUAAAGACUAAAAUCCAGGACACACACAUGUGAAGGGUUAAGAGCCCCACUUCCUUACUCCUCUGAAAAAAUGGGUGGGGUUGAAAUUGCCAAACCUUUCCUCUGACUCUUAUCAAAUCAGGAGAGGGCAGGAGAGGGUAGCUCAGGAUGAGGGAAUGGGGGAUGGGUUAUUGUAGUGGAAGGAAAAGGAAGGCAGGAAUAGUUAUAAAUCGUCAGCUAAUGAGAAAUGUAAAGAGCUGCCUCUUUAGGACGAAGUCAUGACCACAGCUGAGGAUGUUUCCUUGAGAACUAACUCCUCAGCUGUUAAAACAUGCAGCAUCACUCUGGGGUGGGGAGGUCAGCAGUGCCAACCCGCGGUGUGCCCUCAGCCAGGGGCUUGGGGGAGGGGAAGUUAUACUGGCCACUGGCUCCAACCUGUGGUCACUGUUGCUGCUUUCCCUGAAGAUCUGGCCGAGUACCAUUGCCUUUCUCUCCUAGCCCCCCUGGGGAAGAGGGACUAUAUUUUUACUGUACCCUAGGGGUUCUGGAAGGGAAAACUUGGGGUUAGGAUUCUAUGGCCUGAGAAGCCCCAUCCGUAAGGGCCACAGCUGGGGAGAGGUAUGGGGCAGGAGAGGGGUUGGGAUUUUAGGGUGCAGCUAUGCUCAUGAGGUACCAGAGUCAGCCUCUCACCCCUAAACUUCUCCAGUCCCGGACGCAGCCUGGGACCUGGCCUUAGACUGUUGAGCAGGUGCGCCUGCCUGUUGGCUCCACCUUUGCACCUGUUGUCUUGAGGUUCGGCACAGCCCCAGGCUCUCCACCUGCUCCUGAGCCCCAGCAGUUCCCUGUGACGGGUAAACUUCGUGUGCUGUGUCUCGGGUCCAGGAUAUGAAUUGUGAGCAGGGUUCAUCUAUUUUAAACACAGAUGUUUACAAAAUAAAGAAUAUUUCAAGUCA